AUGAAACGGGAGAAAGGGCUAGAGAAAAAUUUAGACCAAGAAGCUCUGAAAAAAGAGCAGCCAAAUCAAUUGAAGGGAACUGCUAUAAAAGAAGAAGAAAAGGGGAAGUCGAAAGAAAAGGAGGAAGGGGAACAAUCGGAGCAAUCGAAAACAUUUCACAACAACGCAGAAGGAAUAAAGUAG